CUGGGCAGCAAGUAGCGCGCAUCAUUAAAAUCAUUUGGCAUGCCACUGUUGCCAAAUUAACUCCCAAUAAAUGGCCGCACAUUGCAAUCUGCUAUGGUUAUUACGAAAACGUCUCGUGGGCCGGUUCACAGUGUAAAUGCUUAAUUUUAUUGUGUCAGUCCUCGGUCCCGGCAUAACAGUCCGUUGUGCCAGGGUAAACGGUCGCGCGCGCAAACCCUAAACUUUUUCCCGCCAUAAUUGAGGCGCCAUUUUUAUGAUGUGAGUGACAGUUGAUAUGGACAAUAUUAGUUUUCAGUGACCUGUGAAUACUUUUGGUUUUAUUAAUUGAGGAGACAGCUCAGCAAGAUGAACAAGAAGUCGCAUAAGAAAAAGCAGAAGAAACGAGGGAGAGGAGAGGGGAAGAAUAAAGAAAAUAUUAUAGAAGAUGUACAUGAUGAUAAAGAUGAAGGAUCUCCGGAGCCUGUUGUGGAGAAGAAGAAUGUUUGCUAUGAGAUCAGGCACUCUGAGGUGAUGGGCAGAUAUCUGGUGGCAAGUCGAGAUAUAAGAGCUGGUGAGGUUAUUUUUGAAGAACUCGCUAUAGCUGUGGGUCCCUGCACUGGGUGUGGCCUCAUCUGCCUCGGCUGUUAUCGCGAACUCGAUGAAACUAGCCUGGCGAAAUGCCGAGGUUGCAAAUGGCCGAUGUGCAGCAAUUCAUGUCCCGGCUCCGGCAAGUACACCGGUCAUUCCACGUACGAGUGCGACACACUGAAGGACAUACCACCAGACUACUCCAACCUUGAGGAUCUUAAGGACGCUUAUCAAGCUCUCAUGCCAUUGAGGUGCUUGCUGCUAAAGACAGCGGACCCUGCGAAGUGGACAGCAUUAUCAGCGAUGGAGGCCCACAACGAGUUAAGAAAAGCCAGGGGCGAUAUCUGGCCGAUGAAUGAGAAGAACGUCGUUCAGCGAAUGAAGAAGUGGGGACUGCAGUACGAUGACCAGGAGAUACAUACCGUCUGCGGAAUCUUGGAGGUCAAUGCCUUCGAAGUAGGCGGCAGCGGCGCCAACGCCAGAGCGCUGUACGACAGAGCGUACCUCCUUGCACACGACUGCACCCCGACCACCACACACACAGACUCAGAGAGGGUUCCUGGAAGACCACUCACUAUACGGGCGUCAGUCCCCCAUAAGGCUGGAGACUUGAUAUCUCUGUGUUAUGCGUACACACUACAGGGCACCUUGAAACGUCGUGAGCACAUAAAGCACAGUAAGUUCUUCGAGUGCAGCUGCGCCCGCUGCCGCGACCCGACGGAGCUGGGCACGUACGCCAGCGCCUUCCGCUGCCCGCGCUGCGCCGGCCGCGUGCUGCCCUCCGCGCCGCUGGACCCGGCCGCGCUUUGGCACUGCGUCGACAACAACUGCCAGUACGUCAUGACCGCGCCCUCCGUGCAACUGCUGCUGAAGAGACUCACAGACGAGUAUGAGCAGAUAGACGCUAACGACGUCCGAGGGUUCGAAGGUUUCCUCCACAAGUACAGGAACGUGAUCCACAACACGCACUACCUGUGCCUCUCCGCCAAGCACUCGCUGAGCCAGCUGUAUGGGAAGGUGGCUGACUACAUGAUCCACGUGAUGCCUGAAUCUGAGCUCAAUAGAAAGAUCGAGAUCUGCAGGGAUUUGAUGAAGGCGUUCGAUAUUAUUGAGCCUGGGUAUUCUAGGUUGAGAGGAGUAACGCUGUACGAGCUGCAUGCACCUCUAAUGAUCCUCACCACGAGGGACUUUGAGAAGAAAGCGAUUACUAAAGACAAUUUAAGGACACGACUUAAAGAAAUCGUCAAAUAUCUCACGGAAGCAGCACUUAUACUUGGUUUUGAGCCAUCGCAAUCCUCCGAGGGUCUAAUGGCGACAGCAGCGCGGGAUGCUCUCAAGAAGAUCAAAACAUGGGAACAGAUUAUUGGGAAGAUAUCAUGAUGAUGUCUGAUCAUCGAAAGUGAAGGUGGAUGACUAAUGGGGCG